GGCCUACCGAGGGAAAGCUCUCAAGCCAAUGUACGGGUCAUUGCUCUAUGUGAUGCUACUCUCGUCUUGAUGACACCUGGAACAAAUGCUUCGACUGCCUGUCUGGUGGUUGGAAGAAUCUGACGGCCAUGACUGGGUUGAAACGACGCGAUAAUAGCAAGAUUUACUUUGACUCCCCCGGUCGAGGAGAAUGGAGGAUUGCGCGCCAUACCAUUGUGUCAGACUAUUCCGACGAAGUUAAUACUUGGGAACUUAAGAUAGACACGGAUGGCUAUCGCUUGCACUCCUUACAAUAUUCAAGGAUCCUUCUCGACCAUCUCAUAUUUUGCUUAUGUGGAAGAUCCCGUAUAUACUUUUCGAAGAAGUGGAUGAAGAAUUGCAUGUACGGUACGAUCACGGCAUUGAUACUCUCCGGGUCACUGACGGGUUAUACGCCUGUCUGUCUGUCAUGUUGCCAUGGGGACCAUCUAUAUAAGAGGAUUCGGCAAAGGAAAUCCCUCUACCUUCCUUCAACGCGAAACUGCUCAAUGACAAGUUCACCUCAUCUGGAGAGAAGAACUAAACUCCUCCAGUGACUCGGAAGCAUGGUACAACGAGAGACUAUCUUGGAUACACCGGGUCUUGAGAAGCCACCCUGAUAAUAUCAGAUGAUGAAGUGCUGCUGCCAAUAGUCAGAGCGCACAUAAGACUUCAUUAUCAGUUAGCAAGGAGAAAAAAAAAGCACGAACAUAAAAAGAAGCUCAGAGAUGCGAAAAACGCGCGGUUCUUCCCUUACAGUAUAAAAAGUGCUUUCUGUUACUUGGCAUUUGCUUUCUUCACACUUGCGAUAUGCAGAAACGCAGAAGACACUUAUGACCCAGAGUUCAGCAUUGCCCCAUGUGCUGUGGAUAAU